GGAGGGGGGGGGGGGGGGGGGGGAAAGGAACAUGGCUGCCAGGCCCUGCUUAGCCCCAUUUUCCUUCUGAUCGUGAGCGUCUUUUUACUCGCAGCUAGUGUCAUCCCACGCUGCUGCUCUUUUUCUUUGCCCGAUGCCCUCUUGUCUGUUUGCGUUCUCUAAUUUCGGAAACAAGAAGAGAAAUCACCACAUGAAGUACGGUAUCUCGGGCUAAAAAGACGCCCAGGCCAUACAAGUCGGUUCACAACUCUGAGCGAAGAGGUUGAGAGCAACACCAGCAGCAUUGUCAGCAGUAUCAGCCUCGUCCAUCUGCAAUACGCAGUACACACGCCGUUGUCAGUCAUUAAUACACCACAAGCUCUCGAAACCCAGCCUUGUCCGCCUCAGCCGGUGAGGUUUCUCCUACCAUGGCAGACGACAGCCCACCGCAAGACUUCAUACCUCUAGUGCCGUACAAUGGCACCGGCCCAGCAGGAGGGAAUGCCCUGACUGACGAUCUGAACAUCUGGUACCAAUCAGGCGACAUCGGAUUCAUGAUCAUAGCAACUGCCCUUGUGCUUCUCAUGAUCCCAGGUGUUGGCUUCUUCUAUUCUGGCCUUGCGCGGCGAAAGUCCGCUUUAUCCUUGAUUUGGCUGUCGGUUAUGGCCACGGCCGUCACCACCUUCCAGUGGUUCUUCUGGGGUUAUUCCCUGACGUUUUCGCACACGGCCGGCCCCUUCAUUGGCGAUCUCGCCAACUUCGGCUUCAGGGACGUUCUCGCCCAACCGUCUGUCGGCUCGUCUCGCAUCCCGGAUCUCCUAUUCGCCAUCUACCAGGGCAUGUUCUCGGCCAUAACAGUGGCCUUGGCAGCUGGUGCCGUGGCUGAGCGAGGCAGGAUGCUUCCCUGCGUCCUCUUCAUGUUCGUCUGGUCCACGAUUAUCUACGAUCCCAUCGCUUGCUGGACGUGGAACACAUCCGGGUGGUCGAACAAGAUGGGAGGUCUUGAUUUUGCCGGAGGCACGCCCGUGCAUAUUGCCUCGGGCUCAGCCGCACUUGCAUACUCGAUGAUGCUUGGGAAACGCCGCGGCCACGGCACACACGAGCUCAACUACCGGCCGCACAACGUCACCCAUAUCGUCAUCGGGACUGUAUUCCUCUGGGUCGGGUGGUUCGGAUUCAAUGCAGGCUCUGCUCUCGCUGCCAACAUGCGCGCCGUCAUGGCCGCGGUGGUUACUAACCUCGCUGCUUGCGUCGGUGGCAUCACUUGGUGUGUCCUCGACUACAGACUGGAGCGGAAGUGGUCGACUGUGGGGUUUUGCUCCGGUGUGGUUGCCGGACUGGUUGCCAUUACUCCCGGCUCUGGUUUUGUUCCAGCUUGGGCUGCUGUUAUUUACGGUAUCCUCGGCGCGGGAUUUGCCAAUUAUGGUACCAAGCUGAAGUUCAUCCUACGCAUCGAUGAUGCCCUUGAUAUCUUCGCCGUCCAUGGUAUCGGCGGUUUGGUAGGAAAUAUCUGCACGGCCUUCUUCGCGGCUGACUACAUUGCCCACCUGGACAAUGUGGCGGUAAUUCCGGGCGGAUGGAUCAAUCAACACUGGGUCCAGCUUCCUAUCCAGCUGGCUGACUCUUUCACGGGAGGCGCUUACUCGUUUGUCGGUACAACCCUGAUUUUGUUCACCAUGAAUCUAAUCCCGGGCCUGCACCUCCGCGCUUCCGAGGAGGCCGAGAUUCUUGGCAUUGACGACGCUGAGAUUGGCGAGUUCGCCUACGACUACGUCGAGCUUACCCGCGAAGUGCUCAACGACGUGGACGGCGAGACUGGUAGUGUCUUCUCGGCGGCUGACCGUAACAGUGCCAUUCGCGACUAUCCUCCGGUCGGGAGGGAGAAGAACGCCAUUCACAUGAUGGAUCCACGCAUGUAUGGAGCGGGACAGUCUAGUCAAUAAUCACCAAGGUGCCCUCGUUUCUUUUCAUGUUGCCAAAACGGCCACUUCUUUCCCCCUUCGUCUUUUCUUUUGUUCGUAUACAUGUCAUACUCUGGGCGGGGAAUACAGGAGCGACACAGGGGAGUUAUGGUGUUUAUUAUUAUCUCUUUCCUUUCCUUGGUUGGCCUGUGAAAGGAAGAACAAGGCGUUACCGUGAAUCGCAAAGAACAGGCCAACAAUGAGUGGAAGUUUCAUUCAAAUGAGGCCCAUCCAAGACGGGUCUUGGAAAGGGGUCAGCUCAAAUUUAGACGCAGCCCCGAAAAUGUGAGAAGAGUAUGCGUAAUGACGGGAUGGGAAGGCGAGCUCGCCGCGGAAUCGUAAACGGAAUUUAUAUCCCGACAAGAUGUUGUUCAAUGUAAAUAUAUAGAGCUAAAUCCGAGGUCCUUCACUUUUAAUGAUUUGCAAAC